UCUUUUUGAAAUAGUAUAAUUUUUUUUUUUGGCAUUCUAUCACAGUCUAAAUGUAAAGCUUUUAUGUCUCAAUUCAGACUAUAUUUUUUAAAGGAGGUGCCUUGUUAUGAGGCAGAGAACUUUUUAAAAAGUCCCGUUAAGAUCUGAGUCUUGGUACUAAGUGUUCUGUAUAAUAUGUGAAUACUUGUCCUACCUGCAGAAGACCUUUUGUUUGGUCAAAUGCAUAUUUUAGCAGAGUUGCAAGGAAAUGACUGUCACGUGUGUCACUGUAGCUUCUUGGUAUAGUAAGACUCCACAUAUAAAGUACUUUUGUAAAUGCACAAUAUCAAUCAUCUCAUGUGGAUAAUGAGACUUCUAUUUUAGAGCUUUAAGGUAGAAUGUCAUUGAUGACCUUGGUUAGAGCAGUUCUAUUUCUAGAUCUUAAUAUCCCUACUGAAUAUGGAAGAGUUUUGCAAUCACUGUAUCUUGAUAUUAAAACAAAUAUCCUUUGAAACAUUUUUUAUCAGUUAGCUUCUACAGUUCUUUUGUCUCCUAUAUAUGCAACUGUUAUGUGGGAGACUUUUCCACUUAUAGGAGGCAUGAGAAUGUGUUUAUUUGCAGAAGGCCCAAUAACUGAAGUGCUCUGUUGACAAUUCAUAAAAUGUAGAAGCAGUUGAGUAUUCAGCCUCCUGAGUGUCUUAGGAAAUUUGUACUGUUCAUUAUAUUUUCAGUAAUAUAUCUAAUUAGGGGAUUGAGAUACAGGUAAGCACUGAGUUCAAACCCUUCUUCAUUUCAUCUUUUAAGUUCCUGGAUCCUCAUCCCACUUGAGUUCUUAUUAAGCACUUUGGCUAUAAAUUAUAUUCAAAGAAUCAGUAUUGCCCUUAAGCUUAUCCCUUCUGUACAGUCAGUGGGGAGGGCAAACCAUCAGGAAAAUGAAAGUAAGUUGUUAAGGCUUAUCUCUAUACCUUUUCCCAUUCUGACUUCUAUAAAAUACUGGAAAAGAAUAGUGAAUGUCUUAAAUUACAUAGAUUAAAUAUUAAAAUCUGAUUUCUUACUGUCCUUGAGUGAAGUCUGCGUUAGUUGUGUAUAGUAUCCAGCAAAGCUCUGAAGUGCUACUUGUGAGAGGAGAGGAAAAACCUUAACAGAAAAUCUCUGGUAGCCUUGUCUUCUCAAGAGUCUAGACUACCACCACCUUCUUUCAGUCAGGAGCUCAUUGAAUGUAGGCAGUGAAAAGACCACCUCAUCUAGUAAAUAGUAAAGGCAGUUCUUGGUGUAUUCCUACUUGUACGUACUGCUUUAAGUACUGUCUUUAUAUUAGGGAGACACCGUAUUAAGCCAGUGAACUAAGGCUUUAUUUGGCAAGUCUGGGUGUCCCUUUGCCAAGCAUAAUGGCAAGCACUAAGCAUUCAGUGGUGACAAAAUCACUGGUUCCUGCUUUCACUGAGCAGUCUGUUCAAAGAUAAUGAUGUCGUGACACAAAAAUGUAGCAAAUGCCGUGAUGGAGCAACAGAGUUGAUGACAGCUAUAAAGGCCAUGACUGCGAUAAAUUAUGACCUAGUCAAAAUGACUGGGAAAGACUUCGUUGAAAGGGAUCAUUGAACUAAGACUUGAAGGAUGAGGAGUAAUUAGAGAAGUGGAGAAGAGCAUAUCCAAAGAAAGGCACACUCUUCCAGGACUGAGAAAGCUAUCUGCUCAAGUAGGAGUAUGUGUUUUAGUAGAGUUAGAGGCUGAAAAACAGGUAAAGAGUGUACUACAGGUGGCUUUACAGUUAUGUUCCAUGUUUUGUCUCUUAAGAACAGUUGGAAACUAAGGUUUCUAAGCUGUGUGUGUAUGGGGCCAGGAGUGGGGUAAAGGAUAGUGGGUCACCUAACAAAAUUGCCACUUAAAGAAUACACAAUGCAGUUUUGAGAACAAUCUGUAUGGGGCGAGAGAUGUCUAUUGGGAAUAGCCCGUGAGAGAAAUGAUUACAACAUAAAGUGGAGGGCAGUAGUGAAUGGAUCCUACAUAUUUCCUGUCUCACUUAGUGCUCAGUAUCCUUUCCUGGGUAAUCCAGGCUUCAGUCGUGAGACUGAUCUCUAACUACAUUCUUCCCUAGGCGAUCCCAUCUAAUCCCAGGACUUUGAAUACAAUCAGUAUUUUAGUUCCUCCUAAAUAUUCCUAGGUCCCCAAUUACUCCAGUCUUGAGUGUUCCAAAUCAAUCUCUUCAUUAACCUGCAUUCAUCCAUUUGCUCAGGGCAAAUACUUUGGGUAUACUUUCUUUUGUACCCUGGAUCUAGUCCUUAACCAAAUCCACAUAGUUCUACCUUGAAAAUGUAUCCUGAAUCAUCUAACACUUCUGACCACCACUACUACCUGCUUAGAGCAAGUAACCACAGUAGCUUAUAAUGGCUCUCUUUGUACUCAUCAUCCUGCGGUGAUUUUUGUGGACAAGUCAGGUUUUGUCACUUCCUGGUUCCCCAAACUCCACUGGUUUUCCCAUCAUACCUAGAAUUAAAUCCUAAAUUUUGGUCUAUGUGCGUUCAUUAUUUGGCCUAAUUGCCUACUGUUUUGUUCUUGCUCACUAGUCGAUCUUCAAGCAUGCAAAGGCUUUUCACUCAAAUAUUCUUAACGUUCAUUCUUUCUAAAUUCAGGUGUUUGCUCCAGUGUCAUCAGCUCAGAGGCCUUCCAUGUCCACUACUAAAACAUAUCCUUAGUUACUUUACUUAUUGGACAGUUUUUUCGUAAUAGCACUUAAAGCUUACCCAGAAUUACGCAAACUUUAUAAGUGAAAAACAUUUUGGUCACUUUAUCCCUGGUGUCUGGCAUAUUGACAUUUGUUGAGCGAAUAUGAAAAUGAUGGGUGUUGGACUAAAAAUGGGUAGUAGUGAUGAUUACACUGGAAUUGGAAGUGUCUUGGUUUGAGGAAGGAGUUCAGCUUCAGACAUUUUGAAUCUGAGGUAUUCAAGAAAUGUUGGAAUUUGUUUACUUGAAGUUCAACAAUCUGGCCCAAAGACAAUGUAUAAGAAUACACAGGUGAUUCUUGUAGUAUAAGAAUAUAUAGGUGGUGCUUGUAAUAUGCUUGGGCGAGUUCGCCUGGGAGCUGGGCGGGAGGAAGAAGUAUUUAACAAGAGCAGAGCCCCAGAGCUGAUUUUCAGAAGAGCGCCAUCAUUUGAUGUCCAGUUUAGGCCUAAAGGGAAUUUACAAAGUACCCGCACCGGUGGGUAGAAAUACUGAGUUUCCGACAGGUCUACAGGGCCCUUUCUUCAGGUGUGGAAGAUCAAGUGAAUAAAACAGGUCUGCUGAUCGAGUUUCCUCAUUUUGUCACGUUAAAAUGGGAAGUUAUUUAAAUAAAAGGGUAAAAUUACGCACAGAUCCCUGGAGUCGGUCGUCUCGUAUAACUAGGAUAAACACUAAGAGCCUUGGACCCCCUUACCGUGUGCUGCCCCGGGCCUGUCUGGUAACCCGGGCUCGCCCCAGCACAGCGGCAAGCGCUUAUUUUGUCCCUCGGAGCCAGGGCAUCUUGAUUCUGAUACGAGAGGCAAAUCGCACCCGUGCCACUCGGAGCAGAGACUAAAUUCCAAAACCGCGCUGGCCACGUAGGCUGCAGCUCCGCCUCCCGGGCAUCUGACGUCAUCACACGGAGACAUGGUUGCCGAAAGUCCCCGCACGCACGCCGCACCGCGCCGUUAGUGCGCUCGCGCGCAUGGAGCCUUUCAGUGCCUGAGCAGGACGCGCGUCGCGGAGUGAGGCCAGCGCUGAGAGCGCGCGGUCAGGCAUCGCUAGGGGCAGCCCGCCGCUCCCUCUGGGCUUCUGGAGUAAUUGGGUUUCCCCACGUGCUUCCGCUUGGCUGCUGGCUGGGAUCCGCUGGGUUCGGGGUGCAGGUACCCAAGACGGGAUGGCUGGGGAUGGGUACCAAGGUCGGUGUCUGUGUCCUGCUUGGAACCAGAGGUGGCCGGCUCGAGGAUGAAGCCUCUGUAUCCUUGCCAGUGCUCGGCCCGCGUCGACUGCCGGCCCACACGGGCGCUCGCUCCUAGAUGACAGGCUCCUCUUCCCCGAUUGGCGGCCACUCUCCGCGUGCUUCUCGAGCGCUCUCCGGGGUUGCGUGGCUCCAUCUCCACCUUCUGGGGAACUCUAGCUGGGGGUCUGGUGAUAGUCUUUCACCAUGCAUCGGAAGAAAGUAGAUAACCGAAUCCGGAUUCUCAUUGAGAAUGGAGUUGCUGAAAGGCAAAGGUCUUUGUUUGUUGUAGUCGGAGACCGAGGAAAGGACCAGGUGGUCAUACUCCAUCACAUGUUGUCCAAAGCAACUGUGAAGGCUCGGCCUUCAGUGCUGUGGUGUUACAAGAAAGAGCUGGGGUUUAGCAGUCAUCGGAAGAAAAGAAUGCGACAGCUACAGAAGAAAAUAAAGAAUGGGACGUUGAACAUAAAGCAAGAUGACCCCUUUGAACUCUUCGUGGCGGCCACAAACAUCCGCUACUGCUACUACAAUGAAACCCACAAGAUCCUGGGCAACACCUUUGGCAUGUGCGUUCUCCAGGAUUUUGAAGCUUUAACUCCAAACUUACUGGCCAGAACUGUGGAAACAGUGGAAGGUGGUGGGCUGGUGGUCAUCCUCCUACGGACCAUGAAUUCGCUCAAGCAGUUGUACACAAUGACCAUGGACGUGCAUUCAAGAUACAGGACGGAGGCCCAUCAGGAUGUGGUGGGACGGUUUAACGAGAGAUUUAUUCUCUCUCUGGCCUCUUGUAAGAAGUGUCUUGUCAUCGAUGACCAGCUCAGCAUCCUGCCCAUCUCCUCCCACGCUGCCAGCAUUGAGGCCCUACCUCCCCAGACCCCGGAUGAGAGUCUUGGUCCUUCUGAUCUGGAGCUGAAGGAGUUGAAGGAGAGCUUGCAGGACACCCAGCCCGUGGGCGUGUUGGUGGAUUGCUGCAAGACCCUAGACCAGGCCAAAGCUGUCUUGAAGUUCAUUGAGGGGAUCUCUGAAAAGACCCUGAGGAGUACUGUUGCGCUCACGGCUGCCCGAGGAAGGGGGAAGUCUGCAGCCCUGGGAUUGGCUAUUGCUGGGGCAGUGGCUUUUGGGUACUCCAAUAUCUUUGUUACCUCCCCAAGCCCUGAUAACCUCCACACUCUUUUUGAAUUUGUAUUUAAAGGAUUUGACGCUCUGCAGUAUCAGGAGCAUCUGGAUUAUGAGAUUAUUCAGUCUCUCAAUCCUGAAUUUAACAAAGCAGUGAUCAGAGUGAAUGUAUUCCGAGAACACAGGCAGACCAUUCAGUAUAUACAUCCUGCAGAUGCUGUGAAACUGGGCCAGGCUGAGCUCGUUGUGAUCGAUGAAGCCGCCGCCAUCCCCCUGCCCCUGGUGAAAAGCCUCCUGGGCCCCUACCUUGUGUUCAUGGCAUCCACCAUCAACGGCUACGAGGGCACUGGCCGGUCCCUGUCCCUCAAGCUGAUUCAGCAGCUCCGUCAACAGAGCGCCCAGAGCCAGAUCAGCACCACUGCUGAAAACAAGGCCACAGCGACAGCCAGACUGGCAUCAGCGCGAACGCUGCAUGAGGUUUCCCUGCAGGAGUCCAUCCGAUACGCCCCCGGGGAUGCGGUGGAGCAGUGGCUGAACGACUUGUUGUGCCUGGAUUGCCUCAACAUCCCCCGGAUAGUGUCAGGCUGCCCCCUGCCUGAGACCUGCGAGCUCUACUACGUUAACAGAGAUACUCUCUUUUGCUACCACAAGGCCUCCGAAGUUUUCCUCCAAAGGCUUAUGGCCCUCUAUGUGGCUUCUCACUACAAGAACUCCCCCAACGAUCUCCAGAUGCUUUCUGAUGCGCCUGCCCACCUUCUGUUCUGCCUCCUGCCCCCGGUGCCCCCCACCCAGAAUGCCCUUCCCGAAGUGCUUGCUGUCAUCCAGGUGUGCCUGGAGGGGGAGAUUUCUCGCCAGUCCAUCUUGAACAGCCUGUCUCGAGGCAAGAAGGCUUCGGGGGACCUGAUUCCAUGGACCGUGUCCGAACAGUUCCAAGACCCAGACUUCGGUGGCCUUUCAGGUGGAAGGGUUGUUCGCAUUGCUGUUCAUCCGGAUUAUCAAGGGAUGGGCUACGGCAGCCGAGCUCUGCAGCUGCUGCAGAUGUACUUUGAGGGCAGAUUCCCUUGUCUCGAGGAAAAGGUCCUUGAGACAUCACAAGAAAUUCGUACCGUCAGCAGCGAGGCUGUCAGCUUGUUGGAAGAGGUCAUCACUCCCCGGAAGGACUUGCCUCCCUUACUCCUCAAACUGAAUGAGAGGCCUGCUGAGCGCUUGGAUUACCUGGGUGUGUCCUAUGGCUUGACCCCCAGGCUCCUCAAGUUCUGGAAGCGAGCUGGGUUUGUUCCUGUGUAUCUGAGACAGACCCCGAAUGACCUGACUGGAGAACACUCGUGCAUCAUGCUGAAGACACUGACUGAUGAGGAUGAGGCUGACCAGGGAGCCUGGCUCCCGGCCUUUUGGAAAGACUUCCGAAGGCGGUUCCUAGCCCUGCUGUCCUACCAGUUCGGCACCUUCUCGCCUCCCCUGGCUCUGAACAUCAUUCAGAACAGGAACAUCGGGAAGCCAGCACAGCCAGCACUGUGCCGGGCCGAACUGGAAGCCCUCUUCCUCCCCUAUGACCUGAAGAGGCUGGAGAUGUACUCACGGAACAUGGUGGACUAUCAUCUCAUCAUGGACCUGAUCCCAGCCGUCUCCCGGAUGUAUUUCCUAAACCAGCUGGGGGACCUGUCCCUGUCUGCGGCCCAGUCAGCUCUUCUCUUAGGCAUUGGCCUCCAGCACAAGUCUGUGGAUCAGCUGGAAAAGGAGAUUGAGCUGCCCUCAGGCCAGUUGAUGGGACUUUUCAACCGGAUCAUCCGCAAAGUGGUGAAGCUAUUUAAUGAAGUGCAGGAGAGGGCCAUUGAGGAGCAGAUGGCGGCAGUGAAGGAUGUGGUUAUGGAGCCCACGAUGAAGACCCUCAGUGAUGACCUGGAUGAAGCAGCAAAGGAAUUCCAGGAGAAACACAAGAAAGAAGUGGGGAAGCUGAAGAACAUGGACCUCUCUCAAUACAUAAUCCGUGGAGAUGAUGAAGAAUGGAAUGAAGUUUUGAACAAAGCUGGGGAGAAUGCCUCCAUUGUCAGCCUGAAGAGUGACAAGAAAAGGAAGCUGGAAGCCAAACAAGAACCCAAACAGAACAAAAAGUUGAAGAAAAACAGAGACAUGAAGAAUAAAAAAGAUAUGAAACUGAAGCGGAAGAAAUAGGAAGGUGGGCAUCCGUGGCUGACGCGUAAGGAGAGGAGUCUGACGUGCUGAGCUGUCUCUGGCUGGACCGGGUGGCGGCCUGGAUGUUAAAAGCAACGAAGUCCCCAUCAGACCCGGAAGCUGCCCAGGAGUUCAGUCCGUGGGCCAAGCUUGGCUUAAGGCGACGUCCCUUCUGUGCCGGUCCGCUUAGAACUGGACGGUUGGACAAACCUCUGGUGCUGCUGAGGGCUUGCCUCCCCUCCCCCUGUCCAGGUCUUUUUUCCCCCAUAAGUUCACACUUUGCUCUGGGCCCAGCUGUUUUGGCCCCUUCCCACCUGUUGGAGCCACGCUGACUCUUGUCCCUUCUCAGACAUUAAAUGCACAACCUUCUGGUGAUGCUCAGGAGGCCCCUGAUGGAGCCCUGGGCCUCUCGUGGCCUAGAGUAGCAGGAGCUCUGGUCCAACCACGUGGCCGCGGCAGGUCACUGUUCUGUGCGCUGGGCUUUGCUCUGCCGUGAAGGAUUCCUCUCCUGGCUCCGCAGGCCUGCUGCCCUGUGUCCCUGGAGAGCUUGAGCUCUUCAUUUAGGAAAAGACUAUGACAUUGAGUCCCCAGAUCUGUUAUUUCAUCUAUUUGGGAAAAAAUGUGCAAGACCAUUUUGCUAGCAGGGGUGAGGGAGGGAUAGAGAAUCUAUUUUUAAUAAAUAACAAGCUAGAAAGACCAA